UUUUAGAAUUCGUAUUUAUGUCAGUGUGAGUUACGUUGGUGUUAAAUAUGCUACAUAUGUACCAUGAAAUAGCGCGCACCCGCUGAUCGGCAUAGUAAUUUAUCGUAUUGUUUUUAUACAUGGAACAUCAAACAAAUUCGUUAAUUAAAUUACUGAAAUUUGGAAAAGAAGACGCCGUUAUGACUGAAGUUAAGAAAGAAAUUAAUCGCUGAGGAAUAAGUACUGUCCUUUGCAUCUCUCAACUAGCCUUCUUGGUUAGUAAGAAGAUCCUUGUACUAUAUCGUAAGAGGGUAUGAAAGUUACUGGAGAAGUAGUGGUUUUGAAAUAAAACUCACAAAAUGGUAAGCAAAUUACCACAAGAGUUCAGAAGAUAUCACCGCAACAGAAAUCAAUUGCAACACAUUCUUGAUGAAACUCAACGAGCAUUAGAACUUAUAAAUAUUGAAAACAUUUUUCCUGGAGAAAAUAUUAUUGAGGAAUUAUUGCCUCCAUUGACAUUAGACAGAAUAACACACAUUUUAUCAAAUUCUCCUGCCAUUGUUAUUUUUGGACAAGAUAGUAAAGCAAAGGCAACUUUAGUGAAUAGCUUACUUUCUAAUGAUAUUUUGCCAGUAUCUGAUGGGCUGUGGCGAUGGAUCAAAAUUACAUAUGGUCUGACAAAUAAUAUUAGUCUCACAUUAGGUUUAGAAUAUGAGGUAGUUGAAAGUUUACAGGAAGAUGAAGAACCAUGGAGUACUCUUCCAAUAGAAGAUUUAACAAAAUCUGGUACCGAGGACAUAAAUUGUCCAACAGUGCUUGAAGUGAAGCUAAAUCAGUCCAUAUUAAGAGAUGGUGUUCAAUUGUUUGUUGCUCCAAAUAUUGGAGCAGUCAAAACUCUGUACAAAGGACUAUUGCAUAUUCUACCAAUAUUUCUUUAUGCUCUUGGUGAACAACCUUUAACAGAACAAAAUUUAGAACAGCUCAAAGACUUAAAGGAAACGUAUCCAUUUAGUCCUGUACUAUUUGUAUCGUCACUGGGAAACAUUACGAUGGCUAGUAUUGAUGCUGAAUUGACUGAAUCUGAACAACAUAGACUACAAAACCGUUUGAAUUUUAAUGAUUCGACACAUAAAACUGAUGAGGACGGGGGUAUUAAUUUUGACAAAAUGAAUUCACUGGGUAUAACAUGGCUGGAACAACUGACCAACUUGGGUUUCCUUGGUAUGGAAGAAUCCAUGGAAGUUGAUCAGCUAUCUUGGCUGGGUGGGGGACAGUACGUUAGCGCAAGUGACAUAGUAGAUUCGUGCAGGAAAACAGAUCGAAUUUUAUAUUUCGUUCGCGGAUGUUUGCACACAUAUCUUAUUAAUGCCAGUACUUGUUUGAACGACGUACACACAACUAGCCUGCGAAAAUUUAUUCUAAGUGCCUUCGAUAUGGCACGUAAAAUACAAAUAACUCCAAGGAGAAUACAGUACGCGCAACUAAAAGAAAAUGAACUAUACGCCAGCUUAAUGAAAAUCGUUAAUGAGAACCAGGAGGAAUUGACUGAUUUAAUACAGGCUAUUAUACAAGAGAUGAAGAAUGAUGUAUUAUUGUCAAAAAACGAUCUGUAUCCAUACCAAAGCAGCAUUUUCAAUGAUACUGAAAGGGCAGAAUGGUCAGCAACUGUUAGAACUGCAACUUCUGAAGUUCAGAGGGUCGUGCUCGGCCGUUUGGGUGAAAAGGUUGCAAAACAACUUGUAAAUUCUGUGAACUGUUUGCGGGAAACGUUUGUCGGGACGUUGCAGCGCUGUCUGCUAAGUCUCGAAAAAACAUACGAACGUGAUUCAUGUCUGCUAGCUAGCGAUGCUUUAAAGCAGAUACUUUCGGCUGCGUACAAUGUUGAGUUACAUAAUUCUUCGCCGACCUUAAUACACUCAUUCUUGGAAAGAUUGAGGCAAUUAUUCAAGUCUUUACCGUUGCCAUGGACGCCAACACCAACUUUAGAUGCAGCAUGGAGAAGAAAAGUGACCAUUGAUGUACUCAAUUCUUUGUCAGCAGCAAGACUAGCCAGAACAAUAUCUAUGCAAUUUCGAGACAAGCUUAAGGCAUCCCAUGAUUCGUUUCAAGCAGCUCUUAGAUCUUUGGAAAAUUACUAUUCUGGAAAAUUAGAGAGGACAGAGGAACAGAGAAUAGCUAUUAGAAAAUACCAUGCCCCUAGAUUGGCAAAGCUAGCUCUAGAAUCGACAUCGAUGACAGACGCCGUCCGCUAUGGAAUUCCUUACUGUGGUAAAGAAAUUGGACGGGGACAGUACGGAGUGGUAUUUGCUUGUGAUGGCUGGGGUGGUGCACCAGGUCCAUGUGCAAUCAAAUCAGUCGUUCCACCAGAUGAAAGGCACUGGAAAGAUCUUGCCAUGGAGUUUUAUUACACUAGAUCUAUCCCAGACCAUAAAAGGAUAGUAAAACUUCGUGGAUCAGUUAUUGAUCAGUCUUACGGUGGAGGAUUCGGUCUUGGAUCCGCGGUUCUUUUAAUAUCCGACCGUUUGAGCCGCGAUCUAUAUUGCGGAAUCCGCGCCGGUUUAUCUUGGCUGGAGCGUAUACAGAUAGCAAUAGAUGUGUUGGAAGGAAUACGUUAUCUUCACUCUCAAGGACUUGUUCAUCGAGACAUUAAGUUGAAAAAUGUUCUUCUUGAUACAGAGAACAGGGCUAAAUUAACUGACCUGGGUUUCUGUAUCACAGAAGCCAUGAUGUCUGGGAGCAUUGUUGGAACACCUGUUCAUAUGGCACCAGAACUUCUAUCUGGCCAUUAUGAUAGUAGUGUUGAUGUUUAUGCAUUUGGGAUUCUAUUUUGGUACAUAUGUGCAGGCCAUGUAAGAUUACCAGACGCGUUUGAACAGUUCCACAAUAAAGAACAAUUGUGGACCAGUGUCAAGAAAGGUAUACGCCCUGAACGAUUACCUUCUUUUGAUGAUGAAUGUUGGAAAUUAAUGGUACAAUGCUGGGCUGGAGAACCAUCCAAGCGACCUCUACUUGGUGCAAUUCUUCCAGUCUUAGAAUCGAUUCAACAAAAAGCAGAAAGAGGCAAGUCCAUACAACAACUCAACACAUUAAGACUACAAGAAAGUUCGUCAUCAGACUCGAAAAAUUCUGCUUUAGCAUUAGCAGAACCUUAUAACCAGAGAGGUGCUGCAAUCAGUCCACGUCCGGCCAAACGCAGGGCACUAAGAACUGUAAAACAUCCUGUCUUUCACAUUACUAAUCUGUUUCAAGCAAGUCUUUGCUCCAAUCUAUACGUUCAGAUGCGGGAAUUCUAAAAACGUUUUCACGUUCUCUGCUCCGAAUUUAAUAACUUCGAAAAGAUCUGACUAGUAUUUAAUCGCGCUCAGAAUAUACUCAUAAGACAGCAUAUCAUUUCCUACUGCACUUAUUUGACAUUAUUUCGAUAGUAUUUCUAAAUGCAGUAUUAAUUUGACGAACUUCUUAUUAAUGUUACUUAAAAAAAAGAUUGUUUAUUAAU